CGUGAUUGGCUGUUUAAAGAAAACGGGCGCGACGUCACUGGGAAGCGCCGAACUCUAGUUUCCAAAGUUUUAAUGUGAAGCUAUGGGAAGCUGAUGGACAAAAGUGAGUUUCUGCCCCGUUAACCGCCCGGAAAACAGAUGGAUGAUAUUAACGUAUUACACCACAGAUGCCUCCUGAAUCUGAGACGUCGAAUCAGAGAUAUUGGGGAUGGGCGCCCAGCACAGGAACGGUACAUGAGGUUGCAGAAGGAUGGAGACACGCUCAGUUACCAAGGAAACUCUGAAGAAGUGGGUUGCUAUGUGGCUGGCCAUCCUCUAUCAAAGGGAAAUUGCUACUUUGAGGUGACAAUAGUAGACACGGGGGUGAGAGGGACCAUCGCCGUGGGCCUGGUGCCUAAAUUCUACAGGCUGGACCACCAGCCUGGAUGGCUGCCAUACUCUGUAGCUUACCACGCUGACAACGGCAAGUUAUAUAACGGUAAACCUACGGGGCAGCAGUUUGGGCCUAAAUGCGCUCGUGGCGACCGCAUCGGCUGUGGAAUACACUCCGAAAACAUAGAAGCGGGUUUAACAACAGUCUUUUUCACCAAAAAUGGCAAAGAGGUGGGUUCAGUGGAGGUUCCUGUGUCGGCAGAAGGCCUGUUCCCCGCCGUAGGGAUGCACUCCAUGGGGGAGGAGGUGAAGGUUGACCUCCGGGCUGAGUGGUUCCUGGAGGACGAUGACAGUAUGAUGAUGGUUGACAGCCACGAGGAUGACUGGGGACGACUUUACGACGUCAGGGUUAGCGGAACGCUCUUGGAAUAUGUUGGAAAAGGAAAGAGCAUUAUGGAUGUGGGCUUGGCCCAGGCCCGCCAGCCGCUCACCACCCGCUGCCACUACUAUGAAGUGGAGAUAGUCGAUGCUGGGGAGAAGUGCUACAUUGCUCUGGGCUUGGCGAGGAGGGACUAUCCAAAGAACAGACACCCGGGGUGGAGCCGAGGAUCAGUGGCUUACCAUGCAGAUGACGGGAAGAUUUUUCACGGCAGCGGGGUUGGAGAUGCUUUUGGCCCUCGCUGCUUCAAAGGUGACAUCAUGGGCUGUGGCAUCAUGUUUCCACGAGACUACAUCCUGGACGGAGAGGCUGACAUGGAUGACUGGGACCGGCUGGAGGUCUGCUCAGGUCACGCUGGAGUCCAGAAUGUUCUGUACCUCAAUGACGAAGACGAGGAGGAAGAGGAUGCGGAAGAGGUAGAGCAGGGACAGGAGGGCAGGAAGGUCACGGUGUUCUUCACGAGGAACGGGAAACUCAUGGGCCGACGAGAGAUGGUAGUUCCUCCCGGAGGCCUCUACCCCACCGUGGGGAUGCUGAGCAGCGGUGAGAAGGUGAAGGUGGAUUUGCAUCCUCUCAGUGGAUGAGCUGGUGCUCUGGACUGCACUCGUGAUGCCCUGCAAACAGCUGGCUGCACUGUAGAGCUCACCCACGGUAGCCUAGCAUGCUGCUAACACUCGCCAGAACAUACUCCAGCUGCACACACACACACACACACACACACACACACGUCGCUGUCGUCUUCCUCUCCACGGCCCUCGGCUUUUUAUUUAUAAGACUUGCACAUUUUACAGUCAUCGCAGAAGUGUAACCGCGCAGCCGGCCCCUUGGCUGCUAAGAGGCAGAGAGGGGUCCUACAUGGGCUGUGGAGGUUACAGCAUGCAUGCUGCAGGAGCAGACAGCUGCACCUCAAAGCUAAAAACUCAUGAGAGACAUUAAACGGUUAAUUCUAUGCAAUCUGCACCGCAAUCACCCUCUCAUCUAACCUCCUCCUGCAUGCAUUGUGUCUGAAACACCGAGCUGUUAAAUCCCUCUCAUGAGGUCUGGCACACUUAGUUUAUUUCAUUUGUCACAACCCCAAGCAAAGCAGAGCGAGGCCAACAGUUGUGCCGAGUCAGAGCUCCUUGGCAGUGUGUGUUUCAGGGAAUAGACGCCCCCCCACCACCCCCCACCCCACCCCCUUUCUUUCCUGUCUCUCUCCGACUCUUUCUCAACCUCCGUCUCCUCGUCCUCUCUCUGGGUGAGGGUGCCCUCCUCUGAGUGAUCAGGGACCUGCUGUUGCCCCACCUCGCUUGCUGCUCUCCCAGAGUUGGCUGGAAAUCAACAGCGGAUCUGUUUCAGUAUUGCAGAAAUAUUUUGUUUUGGAUCAGGUUAUAACUGAGCAUUGUUACAAGUCCGUAAAAAAAACCCAACCAAACAUGUGCAGCGUUUUUCAGCAGACAUUUCCUAAGAGCGGAUUGCAAAUGAAAACGUGUCAGGUAUAUUUUCUACGAGGAAUCUGUGAAAUAUACUUUAAAAAUCUUCAAAAGUUCAGGGAGUUCGCUUUGUCUUUUUUUUUUUUUUUGCUUUUGCACUUCGAAAGCUUGAGGUAGCUUUGUGAAAGGAACGUUGGGGUGAGACAUGGAGGUGUGAUGCAGUCCGACACAACUUCACAAAAUACAGCCAUAACAAUAACCACCUCGGAGAGUAAACUUUAACCUCACAAACCUCACACAGAACUAUCAGUCGCGGGGCUAUCAGGUCGUAUUGCAUCACACUGUGCUAUAACGUGACACGAGGGAUCAUUUCCAGUCUUAAUUCUCCCUCAGUGAUUUAAUCAUGUGGUUGAAAUCCUCUCACAGGUAGUUUAAAACGUGCUCAAGAACUAAGAGGGCAAAACUAUCCGUGUGAUGACGAAUUAACUGCUGGAUGUUUUCUUCCAGAUGAAGACAAUGAUGUUUAGUUGCUGCGUGCGCCACAUCUAAACAGUGUUUAGCCCCUUCAUCAGUGUGUUUGCUGUUUGUGUGGGACUGUAAUUGGGAGCUUGUAUCACAAAGUUAAAUGACUUUUAACCUGUGCAGAUCGCCGUGGUAACCUCUGCUUAAAGCUGUCAGCAGUUUGAACACUGACCAGUCAGAUGGUAGCAACACAUCAUCUCCUCACAGUCGUCUCACUUAAUAGCUGUGUUGGAUUAGAUCUGCAUUUUGCAUUCAGCUUAUGAUCAGAAUAAAAGUGUGUCAUGCGUCCAGUAAACAUUUUUAUAAUCUGUUGAAUAGGAAAACAUUAGCCCCUAACCACCAUUAAUGUAAAUGCAUUUAAAGAAGCAGGAGGAAGCUUAUCAGUGAAGUUCUGUACUGACUGAAGCUUUGGGGCAGGUUAGUGCAUAUAUCUUCUCACUUUUAGUUUCGGUGGAAAAGAAGAAUUAUUUCAGUCAGACUGAAGAAAUAUUGUCCAUGUAAACGUGGCCUCUGUUGAUUAUCUCUAGGAGGUAAACAGCUGUAUUUUAGUCAGAAUUUUUUAGCUCAGUUACUUGGCCCCUGAGUUUAAUACCAGAGAAAUAGUGAGAUGUCAGAGAUGAGCUUUAGGCUGCUAAGAUAACACAGAAAUGCAGUCGGUCUGGUCAAAAACCAGACGGACUUGUUUUCCCCUUGAAGUCUGUCUCUUCUUCAUGAUAAAAGUUUAUUUGUCCUGAGAGAAGAAAGCAUCCGACACCAAACAAAAGAAUUAAUCUCCCGUUAGAUGAAUAAACCAGGACAGAAAUUCUAAUUGUAGAGACGAAGUGAUUAAUCAGUUGAUUGACACAUUAUAUGUUGUGUACAAAUACUUUUGCUCUCGUUUCCUUUCCCAUCGUUUUGUGUGUUCUACUUGCAUUUUUUUUCCGUAAUGCAACAUUACCAGAAAUAUUCUCAAAACAUGGUGCCUACAUUACCCACAAUGCAAAGUAGCUGCUGACAGUUGGAGGUUUCAGGUGUGUUUGCAGAGGUUUGGUAAGAUAGACUUUAAAUGUUUUCCAGUUGGUAAAUUGUCACACUUCUGGUCUUCAGACGUAGUCGACAAUUUUUUUUUUUUUUUUUUGUAGCUAUCCAACAGACUCUGAUGUGUCCUAGUCUAAUCGUUGCUUGCGGACUAAUAAAAGUCGGUCAUCCAGAAUCGAUGAUGUCAGACGACCCAAAGAGAAGCAGAUGUGUUUGAAGCUGAAGCUGCUUUGUGAUACAGACCCCAGAUACAAAACAAUCUGUGUAGGUGAAUGAGAAACAGACGACUUUCUAGCUUCUGUUUGCUUUCCACGCAAACGCCAUCAUGGGCUCACCAACAUCCUCAUCCGACUGGUUUCCUUUGCAUGCCUAUCACCCCGUGACAACAUCAGCCUCCCUGUAAAAUAAAGUGUCAUCUACAUUCCUCUGCACCUUCCUGAAAGGUGCACACAGCAGGUGUCUGUGGUGUUUUGGCGUAUUGACAAACUCCGUCAUUCGCACCACACCGCAGACUCCGACGCUAGAAAUAUAAUGUGAUGUAAAACUACGACACAGGGUUAACUUUCAAAUCACAUCUGCUGGAGAGUGCGUGUUCGUUUUUAGCUGUUGUCGUGUUUUUGUUUUAGAGCCAAUGAUGUUUAAAAAAAGAAGAAAAAAAAAAGAAAAGAAAAAAAAACUGUAUCGGUCUGUGUGUCUUAUCCUGCAGGGCUGGACAGAGACUUUUUGACAGGUUUUGACAGCCUCAACUGUAAAGCUAGACAGCGCAAAGAGAUCAGUGAGACACGGAUGUGGACGUAUCGUCCACAUCUCAGUUCAGGGUUUUUAAAGUCACUUAUAUUGAAGUUUACUCAGAAUCAUCCGUUUACAGAAAGUGUCACGGUUUCGACCAAAUUAGAGCCAAAUGCGGUUGAAGUUUUGUAGCAUCUCCAAAACCUUCUCACCAAGAACUCCUGUAAUUUUGAUUAAUAAUGAUAAUAGUAUAAUUCCUUGCCUUGUUGAAUUGCACUAUAAAGCCUUGUUCAGUACAUGUAUGAUCAUAAAUAAAUAAAAGUUUCAGUCAAAAGUCGUGAA